AUGAGCACAAUUGGGAACCCGUUAUUGGUAGAUAAAGUUAUUAAGGAUAGGUCUAUGAUGCGAUUUGCUAGAGUGUUAGUGGAGAUAGAAAUUUCUGAGGAUCUCCCUAAAAUUGUUCAGUUUCUCAAUGAGAAAGGGCAGCUAAUGGAACAACUUUUGGAGUUUGAGUGGCUUCCAACACAAUGUAGAGGUUGUAAAGUGUUUGGUCAUACUGAAAGAAUGUGCAAUAGGAAGCAAACUGAGACUUGGAGACAAAAAGGUCGAAAUGGAGAAGUUGAGGCUAAGCAAGGUGCUGUGGAACAGGUGCCAGUUGCAGAGGAUAAGGGUGUUACUAGUGGGGAAAAGGAUACUGAUACACAGAGCACAGCUGAUUUGGGCUGGAAUGUUAGAGGUAUUAAUAAAAGGGAGAAACAGAUUUCUCUGAGUAAGUUUUGUUUUGUGAAUAAAAUUGGUCUUGGAGCCCUGUUGGAGACUAAACUUCGUGGUGAUAAAGUUGGAAAAAUGAUGAGCUCUUUUUUCAUAGGGUGGAAUUACUACUCGGGUUCUGCUUCAGAAGGUCGUAUCCUGAUUAUCUGGCAGCAUCAGGUGAUAUUUGUUGAGGUUUUGAAGGAGAGUGACCAGUUUGUUCAUAUCAGUGUUAAAGAGGGUACUGAUAGAGUAGGUGGCCGAACCAUUUCUGCCCUUGAGUUGGAGGAUGCUCAAAAGUGGAGAGCCUUGGGUUUAGUUGAUGAGUUGCGCUCCAAAGGUUCUCAUUACACUUGGACAAACAAGCAAGAUAAUGAGAAUAGAAUUUACUCUAAACUAGACAGAGUUUUUAAAAAUGAAGAGUGGUUGGAUUUGUUCCCUCAAGCUGAAGUUGUUUUCAACUGGGAAUUGCUCUCUGAUCACUGUUAUUGCAUUAUCAAAUCGGGAGCUACUGUUAACUGUGGUUUUAAGCCAUUCAUAUUCUUUAAUAUGUGGACUGACCAUGUGAGCUUUAAAGAUACUGUCAUGCAGAGCUGGAGAAAGCCUAUUAAAGGAGUUGGGCUGGUUCGAAUUGUUAGGAAACUGAGUAGACUUAAGGUAGUUUUGCGCAAGUUCAAUAAGCAUUUUGUGGGAGAUGUUGCUCAGAAUUAUAGUUUGGCUAAGGAUAAUUAUCAAAAUGCCCAAGUGUCUCUUCAAAAGAACCCCCACUCGAAAGAGUUGCAAAGAGAGGAAUAUUUGGCUGGUGAAAGAUUUGCUUAUCAUGCUAGAGCAUAUGAUAGUUUCCUGAGACAGAAAAGCAAAGUUGACUGGCUUCGAUAUGGGGAUGAUAACACGGCAUAUGUUCAUGCGUGUUUAAAACAAAGAAGAGCUUUUAAUUGUAUAACCUCAGUUGUUACUGAAUCGAGUCAAUUAAUUGAGAAGUUUGAUGAUGUUGUGGCUCACUUUGUGACUCAUUUUCAGAAAAUCAUGGGUAGCAACAGUAGUGCUUCGGUUCUUAUUCAGCAUUCCUGUUUCAGUCUUGGUCACAGAUUGUCUUUAGAUCAGCAGAUCAAUUUAGUUAGGCCUUUUACUAAAAAGGAAGUGAAAGACGCCUUGUUUAGCAUUAGCUCUAUUAAAAGUCCGGGGCCGGAUGGGUACGGAUCUGGCUUUUUCAAAGCUAUGUGGAGCAAUUUAGAAGUUGAAAUUUCAGAGGCCAUUUUUGACUUCUUUGAGCGUGGUGACCUGCCCGAAGAGGCUAAUAUGGCUACCAUUUGCUUGAUUCCUAAGAUUGAGACUCCAGCUAAGACAGCGGAUUAUAGGCCUAUAGCUUGUUGCAAUUCUAUUUACAAGUGUAUUUCUAAAAUGCUCUGUGAUACAUUGGCAACGGUUCUUCCUAGCUUAAUCCAUCAAAAUCAAGGAGCGUUUGUUAAAAACAGAUUGUUGGCGCACAAUAUUCUUAUUCUUCAGGAUAUUAUUAAACGCUAUAAAAGGAAAAAUGUUUCCCCUAGGUGUGUGAUGAAAAUAGAUCUGAGCAAAGCCUAUGACAUGCUGGAUUGGAAUUUUAUGGAGGAUAUUCUCACAGCGUUUUGUUUUCCAAACAAGUUUAUUAAGUGGAUUAUGGCGUGUUUGAAGGACCCCACUUAUUUGAUCCUUAUGAAUAGUAGGAUUCAAGGGGAGUUUAGAGGUAAAAAAGGUCUUAGACAAGGGGACCCAAUCUCUCCUUUGUUAUUUGUUCUAGCUAUGGAAUACUGUACCCGGCUAUUAUGUCAAGCCUCAAUGGACAAGAGUUUCAGAUUCCAUCCGAAAUGUAAACCUCUGAAGAUGGUCAAUCUUUGUUUUGCCGAUGAUUUGGUUAUAUUUUGCAAGGGAGUCUCAAGCUCAGUUCAGAUAAUGAGGGAUGGUUUUACUGAAUUCUGCUUGGCAUCUGGUUUGUCUGCUAACAUGGCGAAAUCUCAGGUCUACUUUGGGGGUGUGGCCGAAAGAAAGACUCAUCAAUUGCUAGAUAGGCUUCGCUUCUCUGAAGGGGGCUUUCCUCUCAAGUAUUUGGGUGUUCCGCUGCGAACUACGAAAUGGAAGGCUGGAGAUUGUGCUAUUAUCAUCACAAAGAUUCAGCAGAAAAUUCAUACUUGGGCUAGUCGUCGUCUCUCGUUUGCUGGGAGGGCUCAAUUGAUUAAUUCUGUUCUGUUGAGUAUUAGAUCAUUUUGGAUGAGCAUUUUUAUUCUCCCCAAGAGUGUCACCAAGGAAAUAGAUCGCUUGUGUAGGAACUUCCUCUGGGGAGUUAAAGACAGCAAUACUAACCGUUGUAAAUUGUAUUUCACUGCCUGGAAUCAAGCGUGUCUUCCAAAAUGCAUGGGUGGUCUUGGCUUUAAGGAAGGUUGCACUUGGAACAAAGUGCUCCUUGCUAAGUUUGUUUGGGCUGUUUCUACUAAGCAAGAUAUUCUUUGGGUGAAGUGGGUGGACUCAAUUUAUCUGAAGGGUCAGGAUUUCUGGGCUUAUAUAGUUCCCCAGGAUGUUAGUUGGUAUUGGAGGAGACUAGUUAAUCUGAGACCUGUUUUUACUGCUAAUGGUUUAGCUGAGGCAAUCAAGAAUAAUAAGCUCUGCUUGAAAGAUUUGUAUCACCCGUUACUCAACAAGGAAAGAGUUGCCUUUGCUAACAUGGUCUGGUGUUCUUUGGCUGUGCCUAAGCAUAGGUUCAUCUUUUGGCAAGCUACACUUGGUCAUCUUCUCACUCGAGACAAGCUGCACUACUGUAAUCUGGAGUUGCCUUAUUUGCUAUGUCCUGUUUGUGAAGUGGAGCAGGAAUCCCAUGCUCAUUUAUUUUUUGCUUGUCCUUUCUCUCAACAGGUCAGAGCUCAAAUGAUGGACUGGCUGGGUAGGGAUUUAUUGCCGAGCUCUUAUGAGCAUUGGUGCUCCUGGAUGAGUGGUAAUCCGAAAGGUCUGAAGCAUCAGGUCUUGGUUGCAGCUUUGGCAGCUUCUGUGUAUAUGAUUUGGAGGAAUAGAAACCAUUGUUUUUUUGAGUUUAGUUCUUUAUCUAUUGGCAAUGUUACUCAGCAGAUCAAGUUCUAUUUGAGAAAUAGAUUAGCCAGAAUUCCUAAAUUGAAAGUUAGGAUCAGUGAGUUAGCGAUUUAUGAGUCGGUUGUUCAGUUGUAA